AUGGGAACGCCUAUCGAUGCUAACACUCGAAUACGCAUCCUCUUCAGCUGUGUGCGCGUAUACGUGUGUCUGAGCGCAAAGCAGAAUAAAGAAAACCAAAUUUAUGCGCGCGCCGCCCGCCCCAAACGACGCCCCGCCACCGUUACCAUUACCGUCAUCGUCACCGUCGCCGUCGCCGUCGCCGUCACCGUCACCUUGCUAUACACGCCACGCAUACACGGACACACGCCCCCCAGAGUCCCGGAUCUGCAAACAGAAAAAAAAUAUGUCCUCGAACAGCUUUGGCAGCGGUGCUGCAGCUGCAGCUGCGUUAACCUCGGCCUCCGCGGCGGCCGCAGCGCAGCAGCGGCGGCGGUUAACAGUGAUUUGUGGCGCGAAUGCGUUGUGCUGGUCCGCUGCAAGGUUAUACCCGCCGACCACAAGGCCGCCCUGCCCGACGCCGAGAUACGCAUACUGGCCAUGACAUUACGUGACGGUGUGCUGCUCUGCAAUCUGGUCAUACACCUGGAUCCCAGCAGCAUGGACGCGCGCGAGUUCAAUCGCAAGCCCCAAAUGGCCAGGGAUUUCUGUGCUGCAAGAAACAUCAAGCUGUUCCUGGACGUGUGCCACAAUCAUUUCAAUAUACGGGAUGCGGACCUAUUUGAGCCCACCAUGCUAUACGAUCUAACCAACUUCCAUCGCGUGCUCAUCACCCUCUCCAAGCUGUCGCAGUGUCGCAAGGUGCAGCAAAUGCAUCCGGAGCUGCUCGGCUUCAAUCUGCAGCUGUCGCCCAGCGAGCGUUCCCAUUCGGAUGAGGCCAUCUAUAAGGAUUUGCAUUCCACCAAUGAAUUUAAGGCAACUAGAAGCAUCGAUGCCACCGGAUCUUCAUCCUCGGAUUACUACGAGCGCACCUCACAGAGCGGUUCGCUCUCGGUGGAGGACGAGAAUAGCGAUAUAACCAUAGAGAAUGGCACCGAGGACAUUGACGACUAUAUCGAGGAUUCGCUGUCAAACAUGUGUGAUACAACGAUCGACAAUGAUGCCGCUGGCAUCGUUGACAUCAAUCAAUCCGUCCAGGGGCAGCUGCGCGCUCUCUCCCUAGACCUUAACCUGAGCGUGGCCGGCAACGGUGGCUUUGAUUGUGUCACGCCGACACCACAAAUGGAUGCACCCAAGGCGAGCACAUCCGCAGCAGCAGCAGCCGCGGCAGCGGCAGCGUCAGCGUCAGCAGCAACAGCUGCCCUCGAGAAGCAACAUCAUGCGUCCACCAGCUCCUCAUCAUCAUCGCUAUUUGUCAGCGAGAGCCAACGAUUGCAGCGAGCCGCCGCUGCCGUCUACAACUACCGAUCCUCGGUGCUGAUGUCCACAGAGCACGAGUACGCGUACAUCAACGAUAUCUACAGCGAAGAUGACGAGAAGGUCUAUGAGGAUCUCUGCUACGUAACGUUCCAGUCAAAGGUCAAACCAGAGGUUACCACCGACAAUAUUGCAUGCAAUGGAACCGUAUAUGAUCACACCAACACAAAAGAAGAGGAGGUCUAUCAAGAUUUGUGCGCACUGCACACAGAACGAGUAGAGGCCAGACCAUCGGCGACCAGCUUUGAGCAGCGGGACUAUGUCAUACGCGAACUCAUCGAUACGGAAUCCAAUUAUCUGGACGUGCUCAAUGCACUCAAAUCCAAGUUUAUGCUACCUCUGGAACGACAUCUCAAUCAGGACGACGAACUGCGACUCAUUUUUCCCCGCAUACGGGAACUAGCUGACAUUCACACCAAGUUUUUAGAGAAGCUACGCGAAUCGCUGGUGCCCAGCACAAAGCUUAAGAUGGGUCAGGUAUUUGAGUUUCGCGAACCAUUCCUCAUCUACGGCGAAUACUGCUCCUGCCUGCUGAACGCCAUUGAUUACCUAGCCGAUGUGUGCAAGAAAAACCUAAUAGACCAGCUGGUCCAGAAAUGCGAACGCGAAUACAACGUGGGCAAGCUGCAGCUGCGGGAUAUACUGUCGGUGCCCAUGCAGCGCAUACUCAAGUACCAUCUGCUGCUGGACAAGCUGGUGAAGGAGACGUCGCCAUUGCACGAGGAUUACCGCUCGCUGGAACGGGCCAAGGAUGCCAUGAUCGAUGUGUCGCAGUAUAUUAACGAGGUUAAGCGCGAUUCUGAUCAUCUUGUCAUCAUACAAAAGGUCAAGGACAGCAUAUUUGAUUUGAAUUUCCGCCAAAACGGCAACGAUCUGCUGCAAUACGGCCGCCUGCUGCUCGACGGUGAUCUGCACAUCAAGGCCCACGAGGAUCAGAAGACCAAGAUGCGCUAUGCGUUGUCUUUGACAAUUCUGAUACUGGUCAAGCCGCUGCACAUUAAAACCGGCGACAUGCAGUACACAUAUCGCGACUCGCACAACCUCGCCGAUUAUCGCGUGGAACAGAGCCAUUCGCGGCGCACGCUCGGCCGGGAUACGCGCUUCAGAUAUCAGCUGCUCUUGGCACGUAAAUCCGCCAAGACGGCAUUCACACUUUACUUGAAGUCGGAGCAUGAGCGUGAUAAGUGGCGCAAGGCGCUCACCGAAGCCAUGGAAAGCCUCGAUCCACCUGGCUGUCGCAAUACGGAUCACAAAAUGGAAAUCUACACCUUUGAUG